AUGGACGUUGUCCUUAUCGCCGUCUCGAUCGGCCUCGGCCUCGCGGUCCUGCUCCUCCUCCUCCUCCUUGGCUUCCUCCUUGGGUGGUUAUUGCGGAACUUCUAUAUGAGCACCACCAACCCGUCGUUGCUGCCGCUGCCGCAGGAGGAAGAGGAGGAGGAGGAGGAGGAGCGCCACCACCGGCGCCAUGAUCUGCAGGCUGCGCCGCCGACCCCAACCUCUUCCUCCUCCUCGCCGGUUCCCCGUCUCACACUCCGCCUCGGCCUGCCGGGCUCCGAGUCCUCCGACCGCAACUGGGACUGCUGCGAGGACGUCGCGGCCGUGCUCUCCCUCGGCACGCUGCCGGCUACCUCAUCCGCUAGCGUCUCCGCCAAGCGCGCCUUCCCAGACCCCGCCCACGCCCCGACGCUGUCAAGGCUAGCGACGACAAGCAAGCUUCCCCCCGCCGCGCCGCCGGCCACCAAAGCGCAGUUGGUGGGAUGGCCCCCCAUGUGGAGCUACCGGAAGAACACCCUCGCCGCGAGCGCCUCCAAGAGCAAGGUGCCGGCGGAGGAGGCCGCGUCCAGAGGCGGGCCCAUGUAUGUGAAGGUGAGCAUGGAUGCCGCGCCCUACCUCAGGAAGGUGGACAUCAAGAUGUACUCCAGCUACAAGGACCUCUCCAUGGCGCUUGAGAAGAUGUUCAGCUGCUUCAUCACUGUUUUUGCAUAG